AUGCCCGUAAACGUAUUCAUGGUGGCGCCUGGGCGGUCGGCUUUUGUGGGCGGCCUCAUUUUAUUCUCUUUUCUUCCCCCUCAAUGUACAUUCUCGGCAGUUGGAAACGUCUUGUUACGAGAGACGGAGACCCAACACGAUGUUACGCGGAUUUUGGAGUUCUUCAGGGAGGAUAACUGCUCUCAUCAUCCUUCUCACGCAUUCCAACAGGUGGUUGGGCAGGCAUCAGGUAUCUAUGUCAGCAUCCUCAAUGGGCUAACCAGUUGUGGUUUUCUUCUCUAUUUUUUCUUCUUCUUCUUCUUUUCCUCUUUUUUUCUUAACACAUCUCUUGAUUCUUUCUUUUCUCAUUUUUCUUUGCAGGAUAUCUCCGCUCUCCUGCCGAUGCCCAUGUCCAUGUGCUUGUAG